CAAAUAGUCGUUUUACAGCAAAGCCGGGCGAUAGACGAUCAUGAGCACUGUGCGUGGAUAACUUAAAAUAGAUUUGCCGUAUUUUUAACGUGACGUGACGUCUUAUCAGGGCAAACGAACUUGGUAGUUUCGGGUUUAGACAUUAGUUUUUUUCUUUGCCCAAAUUUCUUAUAGUGACAAAAAACACUGUAAUGUUUAAAACGUUGUUCGACUCUUUGAUAACUCAGGCCAGCUGUCAAGAGGGGGCUGGUUACCUAAAAAGGGCCGACACAGACCGCCUUCAUGAGAUAUUUCUGAAGUUCGCCACAGUAGAGAAGAAUGGAGAACGCUUCAUCACCAGUGAAGAUUUUGUUAGGAAGUUCCUUGGAUUAUUCGACGAAAAUGACUUCAACAAAGAUUCAGUUGAGCUCAUUGCGGGCAUCGUGGACAUGGACAAGAACGGGCUCAUAUCGUUCCCGGAGUUCCAGGCCUUCGAGGGGCUGCUCUGCGUGCCCGACGCGCUGUAUAAGACCGCCUUCCAGCUGUUCGAUACUAACGGCAACGGACUUGUCGCUUUUGACGAGUUCGCGGAAGUCAUGCAAAAGACGGUCCUGAACAAGAAGCUCCCAUUCAACAUGGAGAGUACCUUUGUUCGCCUCUACUUCGGCAAGGAUAAGAAACGGCUGGUCACAUACCCCGAGUUCAGCCAGUUCCUCCACGACUUCCACGAGGAGUACGGAGUGGAGGCUUUCAAGAAGUGCGACAAGGAUGGAAGCGGGUUCAUCAGUGCGGGGGACUUUAAGGAUAUCAUGCUGUCCGUUAAGAGUCAUCUGCUGACGAAGGAGAUGAAGAAUAAAGUUAUUAAUGCUACCGGCUUCCCUCAAGGCUCAAGGAAAAUUAGCUUCCCCUACUACAUGGCGUUCAACUCUCUGCUCAACAAUAUGGAACUUAUCAAACGAGUGUAUCUGAAUGCUACCAACGGCCAUCGCACACAAGAGGUGACCAAGGAAGAGUUCCUACACUCCGCACAGAUGAUGAGUCAAAUCACGCCGCUAGAGGUCGACAUAUUAUUCUUCCUGUGUGACACCAUCAACCAUACCAAUGGACGAAUCGUGUACAACGAUCUAAACUCGAUAACCCCCGAGCAAUACUUCAAACAAGUUACCCGACGAGUCGCCGAAAUAAAAGCUGUGUCCAGUCCCGCAGACAGAAGUUUCUUCAUCCAAGUGUUGGAACAGACCUACCGUUUCACGCUGGGUUCUAUCGCCGGUGCGGUGGGUGCUUCAGCCGUAUACCCCAUCGACUUAGUAAAAACCCGUAUGCAGAACCAACGUACAGGCUCCUUCAUCGGUGAAGUGGCCUACCGCAACUCCUUUGACUGCUUCAAGAAGGUCAUUCGGCAUGAGGGCAUAUUCGGCCUAUAUAGAGGACUCGUGCCUCAACUCAUUGGUGUGGCUCCUGAGAAGGCCAUUAAGCUGACGGUAAACGACUUGGUUCGUGAUAAGUUAAUGGACAAGAACGGAAAUCUUAGCAUUUAUGCUGAAAUCUUUGCUGGUGCAUGCGCUGGCGGUUCCCAAGUAGUAUUCACAAAUCCACUAGAAAUCGUGAAGAUCCGUCUACAAGUGGCCGGUGAGAUCGCGGGCGGACAGAAAGUCCGGGCCUGGGCCGUGGUCAAGGAACUGGGUCUAUUUGGCCUAUAUAAAGGCGCUAGGGCUUGCCUACUCAGAGAUAUGCCCUUCAGCGCGAUAUACUUCCCUUCCUAUGCUCAUGUUAAGGCGAAAUUCGCCGAUGAGAACGGCUACAACCACCCCCUCACCCUGCUCGCGGCCGGCGCCAUCGCGGGCGUCCCCGCCGCCUCCCUCGUCACCCCCGCUGACGUCAUCAAGACACGGCUGCAGGUCGUCGCGAGAACGGGACAGACUACUUAUACUGGUGUGCUGGACGCCACAAGGAAGAUAUAUGCGGAGGAAGGAUUCAGGGCUUUCUGGAAGGGAUCAGUUGCCCGUGUGUUCCGGUCGUCGCCACAGUUCGGUGUGACGCUCGUGACGUAUGAAAUCCUGCAGCGUCUGUUCUACGUCGACUUCGGAGGAUCCCGGCCAACGGGCUCCGAGCUAACCGUGGCCACUUCUAUCGAGGAAACCGUAAAGAAGCCACACCACAUCGGCGGAUACCAGGUCGCGAUACCAGUCCUCACCGGUCUCGAGACCAAGUUCGGUAUCUCGUUGCCGAGGUUCUCCUUCCCUAAGAACGCUCCCGCACAGUAAGCUAGCCUACGGAGGACAGAGAAAUGGGUAUGUUUUGUAUAGUAAGAUUGAAUUUAAAGUAAACCGUAUACCUUGAACUUAAGGUUGAAUUUACGCUAAAAGCGGUCACAAUAUUAUACGUGUUCUGGUGACUAAUGUAAAGAGCUAAUGUAGUGACAUACCAGUGAGUAUUAGGGUAAAUUUGAGUCCACGUACAGUAGAAAUGAGUCAUUUCAAAUCACAAUUUUUCUGCGUGACGAAAUUUUUGAAUUAUAUUGACGUGCUCUGUAGAGUAAUUCGUCAAUAACUGGCCACUGUUUAAUAACUAGCCAUGUUAUACUAAAAAUACUAUUUAUUGAAUGGUGGCCAGUUAUUGGAACCUUAUACUAAAAUGAAUUCUGUUUAUAGUUGAAUAGAAUUAAUUUUUAGUGUAAGGUAGCCAGUUAUUGACGAUUUACCCUAUGAAGUGCGAUUUUACGUCUUAAUAUUCAUAGCCGACUCGGCUUCAUGCAAUGAUACUGCCAAAACUACAUUUAUUUACCAUUUUAUGCUUCCAUCUGCCACCAGAGCGUUAAGCAAAUAUAAAUACAUAACAUAAUUAUUCAAAUGAACACAAAAUUGUUCGCACUUCGCAUUUUUGAUCAAAGUCCUAUUUUAGAUUUUAUUUAUAGUUGUAAGUAAAUAUCGAAACGAAGUCAGGAAUACUGAUAUACUUUUUGUUAUGAUUAUUAAAUCAAGUGAAGUUAAUUAUGAAUAUAAUUCAGUGUGAACUUUGAUAUUGAGAUUGUACAGAGAUUCGGAAAAGAUGUUAUCGCUUACAUUUAAUUUCGCAUUUUCAAAGAAAAUGCAUACUGUAUAUGUAUAACAUGCGAAUAGGUAGACAUUUAUGUAUAUGCAUACGGGAUGACAUUUCAUAUGUGAUAAGCAGUGAUCGUACAUUUUCCAGCAUUUUUGGUGCAGCGGAGUGGUGUUAAGGGUAUAAGGAAUUUUUGUCGCAAUUCUUGUAUGGAUUAAUAAAUGCCUAUUUCCAAGCGACUUUUCGAUACUUUAACCAAACUUUUACGGUGUGAAAUGAGUAUGAAAGGCACAUUUCUUAAAAAUAUGGAGUAUAGACUCUACUUAUUAGAGUCAAUAAAUAUGUGUUUAUAUUUUCACAUUUAUUUUAAAAUCAAGAAACACCAAUUUUAGUAUGUGUUAUUCCUUAUCACGUGUAAUGUCACCCUGUAUAAACAAAUCUUAAGGCCUGUGCACAUCGGAGGCGUGUGCGUAGACGUGCACGUGCGCGUUGUAAUAUACAGAUCCUUAUGAGAGACGCCACACCGCUUGCGUGACCUAUGCGUGCAUGGUUCCAACAUUUUAGCGCACUUACACGCAGCCGGUGUGCUCUGGCCUUUAUUAUAAUCAUGAUCAAUAAAUAUUGCAAUAAUUGAGUGACAUUGACUGUCAUUUGAUACGCUACAUUUCUUCCUAACUAGUAUAUUCUGCUAGCUCCUAACCUUUUUUGUUGCCAAUUUAACAUCAAAAGUCCAUCCAUGAGAGAUUAGAGCUUAAAUGUGUGUGUGUGUGUGUAAUUCGCCAGUAACUGACCACCUGUUAGUAACUGGCCACCCUAAACUAAAACUGAAUUCUAUUCACCUAUAAACAGAAUUCAUUUUAGUAUAAGGUGGCUAGUUAUUGAAGGCUGGCCAGUUAUUGAAACCUUAUACUAAAAUGAAUUUUGUUUAGGUAUAUAAUUCAUUUUUAGUUUAGGGUGGCCAGUUAUUGGACGGUGGCCUGUUACUGGCGAAUUACCCUAUGUUGAUUUUUAUGCUAAUUUUUUAUCUUAAGCCGCUAUUGCUUUAAUAACUUCAAGUAUAAAGAGGCAUUAAACCUUAGAAUAAUAAAGCCUAGAAGAUGAGUUCUAGCAAAGUAAAGCGAUUUAACCUUUUGAUCGCCAAAGACGUUAACUGUCGCGCGCAGCUAUUUUCAACCUUAUUUAAAUUAAUUAAUUUAUCAACCUUCGUCCAUUUCGACUACGUUCAAGAUGACACGCCGCACACGAUUGGCUGGCGUUCAAAUGGUUAAAAUAUGCUAUGUCACAGUAGGGUAAUUCGCCAGUAACUGGCCACCGGCCGAUAACUAGCCAUCCUAAACUAAAAAUGAAUUCUAUUCACCUAUGAACAGAAUUCAUUUUAGUGUAAGGUUUCAAUAACUGGCCAGCCUUCAAUAACUAGCCAUCAUAUACUAACAUGAAUUCUGCAUAUAGGUGAAUAGAAUUAUUUUUUAGUUUAGGGUGGCCAGUUACUAGCGAAUUACCCUACUCACAGUAUCCAUUAUCGAUGGAGAUCGUUGGAUUUUUGUUUUUACGGAACUAGGUUUUAUUGUUCUAAGUUCUAAACUAUGUAAUCAUGUUAUCUUUAUGAUAUUAAAACUAUAUGCUUUUAAAUUAAAUAUCACUGAACUAAUCACGGUAUUUCAUAUCAAGGAUAAUUUUAUUACAAAAACACUUGUAAAAUAAUAUAAUAAACUUUAGCAAUCUGUCAGCAAUAAGUUAUAGAUUUAAAAACAAUAUUUAAAAAAAUGUAAUAACCCUCAAGCAAAAGUAGGCCUAAGAUGGUCGCGCUUUCUUCGUCUAUCAUCGUGGCCACUUUCUAGUAAGUGGCUCGUUAGACGAGAAAAGUGCAGCCAUCAUAUCUGUCAGGUUUUAUUUUGAGCUUGAAUUGUAAAUUUAUAAUACUUUUGUGGUUUUAGUGAGAUUUUACUUUGUAGAUCUGUCAAGUACAAAAAUACUUGUAAAUAUUGGUAAUAAGAAGUUUUCCAUUGUGAAUACUAUCUUCUACACGUUUAAACGUGUUAAUAUAAGCCUAUGUAUACGGUGUAUGAAGGGAAAUAAACCAAACCAAUUUUAAGAUAUCAAAUAAUUAUGUUCAAAAACAUUUGUGUCGCUUCCAAGCAAAGUUCCACUUAGUCGCUUGUCAUAAGGUCGCUGAUUGGUUAUUCGUAUAAAGAUACAAGCAAAUCUCGUCCUUAUGGUAAGCGACAACCUUUGACUAGACUUCGACACAUUUAUUUUAAGAUCUUAAAUGAGAGAUUUAAGUGUAAGUUGGCGAUUAAGUAAAUUCUGACAUUAUUUUAACUGUGGUAAUCACAGACUAAGUCUUGCACCAAAAGUAUCUAAACUACAUUUAAGUAACUAUAACAUAACCGAUAUUUAUAUGGAUGACCUAUUUUUUAUGUCAAUGCACAAUUAUAUGCUAUAUUUAACUGAACUGCAUCAAUAAAAGAGAAGUCUACCUUAAUAGAAACACAAUAUAACCUAUGUAUAUUUAAAAAGCUUCAUUUGUAUGGUUAUUGUGCUUAUACACUUAAUUAUUUUUACAAUAAGGUAGAAAAUCAAAUGUAUCAGAACCUGUAAAAAUAGUGUUAGGAUGCGUUUCCACCAGAGAUGUGCGAGAAUGCGCAGCGAGAAGUGUGUUUGUUAAGAACCUAUAGACUCACUUCAUUUACCUAUCCUCGCUCACUGGGCGUAACAAGCAAAUCCCGCGCCACGCAUCUUCACACAUUUGUGGUGGAAACACAGCUUUAACCAAGGUGUAAUUUGUGGUGGAAACACAGCUUUAACCAAGGUGUAAUUUGUGGUGGAAACACAGCUUUAACCAAGGUGUAAUUUGUGGUGGAAACACAGCUUUAACCAAGGUGUAAUUUGUGGUGGAAACACAGCUUUAACCAAGGUGUAAUUUGUGGUGGAAACACAGCUUUAACCAAGGUGUAAUUUGUGGUGGAAACACAGCUUUAACCAAGGUGUAAUUUGUGGUGGAAACACAGCUUUAACCAAGGUGUAAUUUGUGGUGGAAACACAGCUUUAACCAAGGUGUAAUUUGUGGUGGAAACACAGCUUUAACCAAGGUGUAAUUUGUGGUGGAAACACAGCUUUAACCAAGGUGUAAUUUGUGGUGGAAACACAGCUUUAACCAAGGUGUAAUUUGUGGUGGAAACACAGCUUUAACCAAGGUGUAAUUUGUGGUGGAAACACAGCUUUAACCAAGGUGUAAUUUGUGGUGGAAACACAGCUUUAACCAAGGUGUAAUUUGUGGUGGAAACACAGCUUUAACCAAGGUGUAAUUUGUGGUGGAAACACAGCUUUAACCAAGGUGUAAUUUGUGGUGGAAACACAGCUUUAACCAAGGUGUAAUUUGUGGUGGAAACACAGCUUUAACCAAGGUGUAAGUACCGAGUACCGUUUGGCUGAAAACACAUUUUGAAAAAGUUUACCUUCUUUCAUUCUUAUCGCACCGAAAUGAUUUUAAAGUGGAUGGAUGGGUGAAUUGGCGAAAUUUUUGAAAUUAUUUUUUUACUGAUUUAUUUUUUUAACAUUUUUCUUGUAUUGAUGGAGCUGUGAGUCUAAUCAAAAUAAAGUUGAAUAUAUACAUAGUCUGUAUUUUCCUCAAUACAGAAACUAUAGCGUACCUACAUAAGUGUUGUAUGACAACAUUGUAUAAAUCGUAAUAGGUAUAACAAGUGAUACAGCCGAUGUGACUAUAUUUAUUGAUAUUGUAUAUUUUUGUGUUAAAAAUAAAUCGAUCGAGAAAAUUA